UCACUUCUUGCAAUGACAAGUGAAGAAGGUGGGAUUGAGAGCAAGCCAUCUAUAGAUCCCAAAAAUCCAGCUAUGAAUUCAUGUAGGAAAAAGAAGAAAGAUGAAGCAAGUUUCUUGGAAGAUGUAAAAGAUCAUAUAGACGAGUUUAUCAAUGCAUCAAUGGACGACCACAAAACUUGCUUCAACAAGACCAUCAAGAAGAUGUUUGGAAUGUCCAAGAUCGUUGCUGAGAGGAAUGCAGAAGCUAAGGAAGUCGAAGUUUCUUUGCCACUUAAAACUGUUCUUUCCGAUUAGGUAAGCCGCUGCCACAAUCAUUAUCUAUUCUCAAUCCUAUAUUCCUAGCUUUUUUUUGUAAAAUGAUCUUCCAUUUGAUUUAAUAAUGAGAAUUUCAUUUGUAAAUCUUAUUUUCGAUCUCAAAAUAUAAUGUGUACUAUAUUAGAUGUGUUUCACAUUCUCAACAAAUUAUUCCAGAGUCCCUAGUUAGGCCAGGGUGAUUCAACUUAUUCGGUAAACUUUUAAAUACAAUUGAUAGUAUUCAGCUUAUUCGAAACACGCUAAAGUCAACGGGUUUGUUUGAUA